CUGUUGGAGAGAUUCUGACUCGGUCAGUCAGUCCUCCCUGAAAGAUCCAGUUACCAGUAAUGCCAGCAGGAUUUAUGGCUCUCUGAGUCAAACGGAGGACGCGAUUUAUGAGAAUUUUUUAAGAAGCGCGAGUUUGUGUACGAGCUUCCGAUCGCACGACUGUCGCACGUCUGUCGCACGUCAGUCGCACGUCACACACGCAUGCCGGACACGCAUUAUUCGGUGUCCUUUCACAGAAAUCGGUGAAGAAAUGAUGGAGGGACUAGUAACAGCUAGUAGCGCAGCAGCUACUAAUGCGGCGCUUGGGCCGAAGAGUCUACUAUUUCCCAAUCCGACUACUGCAGCAGUAGUAUUAAUGUCGGUCGGCCUUACUGCAACGACAGGCUUAACAGCAGCAACGACCUCGCCCGGAAACGCCGCGCCGGUUACUGUAACAGCUGCAGCAGUUGCCGGCCAAGCUCGACAUCCUCGUUAUCGGCCAAGCCCGUUAAUAGUACUAGGCGGUCCAUUACCAUCGGCGGUCAGAGCAGUCAGCCCAUCGGCGGUCAGUGCGGCAUCGCGGCGAGUGAGGCGAUUAAGUCGCAUUCGGGCUGCUGCAUACGACCCCGCGAAUGACGCCGCGAAUAACGCUGGGAGUGACGCCGUUCUAGACACCAACGAAAGGCCGUCGGAAGGCGAUGACGUCAUCAUGGCGGGAGAUCGACAAUCUGAUGCUAUGCCGGGUGAUUCGCUCGCGACGGCCGUUAAUGGACUCGUGAGAUGCGACCGUGACGGCUGUGGUACCCAUAGCUCCAACUUUUGCAACGAUGGCGGCAUAUCGGCGAUGGGAGCUGAUGUAAUGAUGGCUGGGCGGAACGCAGCCGUGGAAGCAGCUUCGUGGACGGAGCAACACUUAGGAGGUACACGAGAUGGAAUUGAGAAACACUUAGUUAAAAGAUUGGGAUUCGAGCAGCUUUUAGCGCUGAGAGCUCGGAGCAGAGGCAGAGAUUCUUGGCCAAUCCCCAGCGGACGGAGAGGAUUGCGGCACAUCGGCGAUGUAACAAGCAGAACGCUACAAGGACGCACUGUUACACUGAGUAUGCUUCAAGUGGGCACCGUUACAAGCAGAAAGACAGAAGGCGGCAUGUGCGGGUAUAAUUCCGUGGGACAAGAGAGGCAUGUAGCAAUGAUAGUGAUGUUUGUACUGGCGCUUUCCAUCUGCCUCUGGAUCGACUCCAGCACUGCAGCGGACCUGCUAGUAGCGGGUAUAAGGGCGGCUGUGCAGCUCUCAGCCGUCGGAUUCGGCCUCCAGUACAUCUUCGCCAUUGAAAGCACUGCGGUGGCAUACUCCGGAGUUGCUAUCAUGGUGCUGGCAGCAGCACAUACUGCGUCUCGAAGGGCCAAGGGGGUGUCAGGGGGAUUCUGGGUGGCGCUGCUGGCGGUGGGAACUGCCGUUACAAGUGCGUUUUUGCUGCUUACAGUCUUGCAGGUCGUCCGCCUGUGGCCGCGGUUUGUGAUUCCCAUCGGGGGCAUUGUGGUGGGCAGCAGCAUGACCAUCGCUGCCAACACCAUGCAGCGCCUGGCGGACGACUUUGAGCAGAGGAGAGGGCAGGUAGAGGCAGCACUGGCACUAGGCGCCAGCCAGUGGCAGGCCUCCCUUCCCCUCGUUCGACGGGCCCUAGCUGUGGGUUUCGGCCCGACGCUAGACUACAUAAAGACUUACGGUGUGAUUCAGCUGCCAGGCGCUAUGGUGGGGAUGCUUAUGGGGGGGGUGCCCCCCCAAGAGGCCGUUUAUCUACAGUUAACUGUAACAUUCUUUUUGUUGGUGCCGCUUGCGCUUUCUACAGUUGUUUCGGCGGUUUUUACUGCCCGGAAAUUUUUCUCUGCCCCCGGGCAGCUGGCAGAGGAGGGAUGGGGUGGUUUGCAAUACUCGUGAUGUACAGUAGUGGAGAUGUAAGUUAUCUUCAUUAUUUUUCAUUGUAUUUGCCAUGUGGU